AUGUCGAGUCUUUCAGAAGAGCGUGAUCCAGAAUCUGGUGUGGUGAGUCGGCAAGAUGUGGCAGACCAAGCGACGGAGACAACUUCUCUUCUCAAUGCAUCUCAAUCUCCAGUUUCAUCAUCGAGUAACUCUUCAACCGCCGUUUUCAAGAUUGUCUUGGUUCUCAUCAUUGGGUCCUUCACUGCCAGUGCUGAUGGGAGUCUCGUGCUAGCCACACAUCCGACAAUUGCGAGCGAGUUCAAUGCCUUGUCUGCGUCCAACUGGCUGUUCGUCUCUUUCAACCUGGCUGGAGCGGCUACUCAAGCCGUGGUGGGCAAGCUCAGUGACAUAUAUGGGAGAAGGAAUCUCAUCGUCACUGCGUAUGCGCUCUUUGCGGCCGGUUGUAUUAUCGUGGGAACAGGCACUUCCAUGGGAUUAGUUAUUCUUGGCCGAGUCAUCUCAGGUGCCGGUGGAUCAGGGUUAACCAUACUGGCUAUGCUAAUUAUCACAGACUUGGUACCUUUGCGUGAGGCUGCAGCUUGGCAAUCAUACCUCAAUCUCGCUGCCACGACUGGUCGUAGUCUAGGCGGGCCUCUUGGAGGCUGGCUGGCUGAUACCAUCGGAUGGCGUUGGUCCUUCAACUGCCAGGUACCCAUCUUCCUCGUUGCCAUCAUUCUAACUUACUUCUUUUUGCCAAACAACAAGAAAGAAGAUAAGAGACCUACAUCACUGGAUAGGAUUGAUUUCACCGGCGCGGCACUUCUUGCUCUGACAAUCAUGGCAUUUCUUCUGCCUUUCGAGAUCAGAGGCUCGAAUGUGCCUUGGUCACAUCCCAUCAUUCCAAGCUUAUUCGUUGCUUCUCUUAUCUUUGGUGGAUUCUUCAUACUCUUUGAAGGUCGCUGGGCAAAAGAACCAAUCUUCCCACUUGACUUGCUUCGAAUCAGAAAUGUCGUUCUUGGUUAUGUGAUUAGUGGCACCCAGUGUGCUGCCCAGCUUGGUUUGAUGUUCUCUGUUCCUCUUUACUUCCAGGUUACCAAAGGGGCUAGUAAUACUGUCGCUGGGGCGUAUCUCUUUCCAGCUGUGGCGGGAAAUGCCAUUGGUGCUAUUCUGGCUGGUUUAGUUAUCAAACGCACUGGAAGAUAUAAACUGGUUCUCCUUGUUGCCACUGUGACAUCAUCAGUGUCAUAUAUACUGCUCCUACUACGCUGGCACGGCCAGACAAACGUCUGGGAAUCACUUUAUAUCUUCCCAGGAGGUCUAGGCACUGGUGCAGUGCAGACAGGAGUCUUUGUUGCGGUCCAGGCUGCCACUGAUCCUACUCACAAGGCGGCUGCCUUGGGUGGAGUCUGGCUGACUGUCAUGGUCGGAGCCAUCGUUGGUAUGACUGCUGUCAGUACUGCAACAAUGCACUUCAUGGCUUCGAGUCUGUCUACUACGCUACAGGGACGUGGUUUUGCCAAAGGCGUAAUUGAAAAGGUCGUUAAUAGGGCCACUUCGGAUAUCAACUACAUUAACAAAGCGGAUCCAACUCUUGCAUCGGCUGUUGUGGAUGCAUAUGUAUACGGUCUAUCUGCCAGCCAUAUCAUUUCUCUCACAUUCUCAGUUGUUGCCAUGUUUUCGGCUUCCUUGAUCAGUGAGAACAAGGUCUAG